CUUACAUCGACAGAACCCAAAUCCAGUCUAUCCAAAAUCCACGUUUCGCUCAAUCCGAAUCCUAUCCAAAAAUCCACGUUCGCUCAAUCCGAAUCCGUUGCUCCUCAAAAUACCCUCAAUCGACUGGAGAGUCCGAAUUUGCUGGAUCGAUUUGGACGCGAAUCUGCUGGAUCGACCGAAUCCGAGUCCGCUGAAUCGACUGAAUCCGAGAGUCCUGGUCUACUCAAAGAGAAUUCUACGCGCGGACAUAUCGACUCGAUCCACGUCCAAGUACACGUCCACUGAAUUCGAAUCCGACGAUACUCAUCCACGUCCUUUCUAAUGUCGCCCGAGGAACACCACCCAACGUUCCAAUCCCAAUCUCUACUCGAAAUCCCCCUCGACGUCUCCCCCGAGCACCGCCAACGCCUCCAACACCUCGACAACGGCGAAGGACCGCGGAGCCUCCAAGCCAAAUUCUCGUUUUAUGAGCUCAUGAUCGAGACGUACCAUGAUCCCAAGGUGCAGCCGUAUUUGAUUGUGAGGCUUGCGUUGUUGGCGCAUCGGAUGGGGUCGAGGUGUAUUGCGUUGAAUUUGUGUAGGGAGGCACAAUCUCUGCUUUUGUCGGCGGGCGUGGAGGAUCCAGGGUUGGAUCUGUACAUCGAGAAGCUGAAUGCGAUGGUGGAAGAGGGGAUUCAGAGGGCAUUGGAACAAGCACGUCAACGCUUCUACUACCAAACAUGGAAAGACACCCGAUCCCACCGAUUCCCGACGGCACUCCCCUUUGCGCCCCCCGAAGCCGACGAGAUCAGGACGCGGUGGCAGGAUCUCGCCCCGCCCGACUCCGAGUUCCGUGCUGCGUAUUUGAGGAAGCUGGCGAUUGAGACGAAUCAUGUGGAGAGUGUGUUUAGUUUGACUGAUGAGGCCUACGAAAUGCUCACCCCCUUCAUCGCCGAACCGGCGCACCUCAACAAACAAGCCAUCUGCGACGUCCAUCGGAGGCUGAUGCAGACGGCGGGGUAUCUAGAGUCGAGUUAUAUACCGCCUGGGAGGACGAGGACGGAGACGAGGAAGACGGUGUUGCUUUCAGGUAUGUGUUACAGUGCUUGUUUGUGGUUUUUUGGGGGUAUUCUUUGGGAGGAGAGGGUGAGGAGUGUGUUGGGUAGGAUGGGUGGGUCGGAUGGGAAGGGCUUGGAGAGGAGGUCCUAG